GGGAAAGAAAUACAGUGGGAUCAGAAGAUAUACUGUAGCAAUUUCCAGAUCUUCCCCGUACUGAAUGGCAAAGUCUAUGUGCUGCAGCACAAUAUUUAUGCUUUCUUCAUCAGAGUGAUCAUAAGCAGUUCUGAGAGUACGGGAAAUUAAGAAAGCGUGAUCCUAAGCACAACUCACCGGCCAUCAGAGGAUAAUUGAAGUAUUCUGCUGCAGGGUCUAGGUUAACAACUUGCACAGAGCGGUUUAUGGCUGCACAAUGCUGGACCAUGUUGGAACAGAAACCAGGCUCCUCCCUUCCCUAACGUCACUCAGAGCGAAGCUUGGCUGCUCCUCCCCCUCGAGCUCUCGCGAUAAGGCGGCGGCGCUCUGGGACGUUCUCGCGGUGCUGGUCGGGAAGCUGCAUGUGCUGUUGGGGUCGGAGGCAGCAGCAGCAGGAGGAGCCGCCCCCUCCCCCCGAGACUGCGGCGUGAGGGGCCAGCCGGGCUUGUGAGAUGGCAACGGAUACAGCUGAGUCCACAGUCCCUGACUACAAAGGAGACCUAAGGAGCAACGCCAGGUCAGAUGCAGACUAUCCCCUCCGGGUCCUCUACUGUGGAGUCUGUUCAUUGCCAACAGAGUACUGUGAAUACAUGCCUGAUGUGACUAAAUGCAGACAAUGGUUAGAGAAGAAUUUUCCAAAUGAAUUUGCAAAACUUACUGUAGAAAAUUCACCAAAACAGGAAACUGGAUUUGGAGAAGGUCAAGGAACAGCAGGAGAAGAGGAGGAGAAGAAAAAGCAAAAGAGAGGUGGAAGGGGUCAGAUAAAACAGAAAAAGAAGACUGUACCACAGAAAGUUACAAUAGCUAAAAUUCCUAGAGCAAAGAAGAAAUAUGUCACAAGAGUGUGUGGCCUUGCAACUUUUGAAAUUGAUCUGAAGGAAGCACAAAGGUUUUUUGCUCAGAAAUUCUCUUGUGGUGCCUCGGUAACAGGAGAAGAUGAAAUCAUAAUUCAGGGGGACUUUACAGAUGACAUUAUUGAUGUAAUCCAGGAGAAGUGGCCUGAGGUGGAUGAUGACAGCAUUGAAGAUCUUGGAGAAGUGAAGAAGUGAUUUUGAAAGACUGCCUUUAUUUAAUUACAUGGUUAUAGUUGACAGAGCCAAAGCAAGGCUUCUAAAUGCAUUUACUCUGCAGUAAAACUGUAGGGUGUCCUUACCCAUGGCAUUUUCACCAUUCUAUAUAGGCUGCUUGGUUUGUUUUUUGUUGUGACUAUUUUGCCAAAGUUCAACUGGGGAUUCUAUCAUGCUCAUGCAUGAAGGUAGGGAUUUAAUUAAAUAAAGUUAUUGUUCCUCACUGACCGAG